GCAAAAGUAAAGAUAACAAGGUUAGAUUAAAGUGACUGAUGAGUGCACUGUGUAUUUGAUGUGUAACCAUGCAUCAUAAAAAUGACUCAUUAGUAACCAGAUAUGAAGUCAGAGCAGUUCAUGGUAAGACCUCACCCACCAUGGGGGCUAGAUUGCCUAAGGGGCCUUCAUAACCACAAAUGAAACUUUAUUUACAUCAUUUUAUAGCUUCAGGAAAAAAAGAGAAUUAAUGCUGGCCUAUUCUGUAUUUUAUUUGAUUGAUUCAUUUUAUUUCUAUUUUAUUUCUUUUUUAGACUUAUUUUAUAUCUGCUCAGAGGACAGGUUUUCUUUUGAGUCUGGUUCAUCUCAAUGUCUCUUCCUUUGUCUUGACAGAUUUCCUGACCAUUCUUAGCUGGCUCAUUAGGAAUAAAAGCUCUAUGCAAAUAAAAUGUAAUUAAAGUCAAUAAAUUGAGUCUGUUAAAACUUAAAAGGCUAAGUAGGACCUGGCCAUUGGUUUUCACAAUUCCUUGUUUGUUAGUCCUGGCAGCAAAGAGAUAACAUUUAGCAGAGAUGUUAUACAGUAAAUAAACACAAUGAACACAUUUCAAAUGAAAAUCCCCAGCAGUUAACAGCCGCAUUGAUGGAAACCUUUCUACCAUUUUAAAUGAACAGCAUUUCUCUGUGACUAUUAUGUCAUAGUAUUAUUUAUAUUUUCAUCAUCUUACAGUACAUAAGUUUUGCACCAACUCUCUUCUGUAAAAUAAUCUUGCACUUCAGUUUGUUCAGAGAACAGAAAAUUAGGUCUGAAAUAUACUUAAUGUGCCGCUAUGAGUAUUUGUGCGUGCAUCUGAGCAACACAGCUCACAUUAUCAUCUAUAAAACCUUUGUACAUCUGAUCUAGAGGACCCACUGAGGAGCAGAGAAGGAAUAAACCAUCCAGGUUUCUAUGUCAACUUUUCAUAGUUGUUCUGGUUAUGAAAUAAAUUCCAGCUUUUCAUUAAACAGUUCGCUCUAAUACAUCAUCAUAUCUAUAGUAAAAUUUAUAUGUAUGGCAGACCCUUCACUUAAACAGACUGAUCCAUGCAUUAUUGUUAAUGUUGUGAUGUGAUAUUUAUUGAGCAUUUUUAGUAGGAAUCUUGUGGGAAAUCUUGCUAACCAAAAAUGAAUAAUUCUGAAGGUAAAGGCUUUAGGAUGCCAAAAAGUCAGACUUUAUUGAAAACCAGCAAAGCUGAGACAUCCGCAGAUGAUCUGAAUCAAUACAGUUGAUUAUUAUGAUAGAGAAAUGAAGCCCCAGUGUUGAUUGUGAUGACUUAUACAGUUGAUUAUGAGAAAACAAAAAUAAUGCCAUCAUGUCUUAUUACAGUUAUCAAUUAUUUCCAUAUAUAUUUUUUCAAUUUAAUUUAUAAUUAUGGUGAGAGCUCAGUCAUCUUAUUAAAAAGCAACUUUAUUUUUCAAUGUUGAUUAAAAAAAUUCUGGUUACCAAUUCUAUUUUGUUUUCCAUGCAUGGCUGACAAAAGAUAAUCCCAAAUCCAAAUAACACAUAACACACAAAUAAUGCCUUUUUAAUAAAUCCACAUGUAUGUGUCACAAAUUUCCCCUUCAGCACAUGGCACAGUUCAGCAGGUUAGUGAUCAAUGCUUUUUUGUUGUUGUUUGUUUUUACUGACAUCUGACCAUGAUUUCUGAAUUAGCCCUAAUAAACACACGCUUGCAUCCUGGCUCACACUAAUGUCUGGCACAGUUAAUGAUUGUCAAGUUACUGUACUUUGCCACAUACUAUAUAACACUUAUGUCAGGUAAUUGCUCAUAUCACAUCAGAAUUUCCUUGAGUGUCCAUUUAAUUUCUAAUCACGAGCCGGUGCAGGUUCCUUCAGUUGUUGUAGACGGAAAAGCAGAAAUCAUGAAGCUUUUUCUUUUAGCUGUAACCACACAUGUUCUACUGGGUCAUGUAAAUGGAAACUGGUGGGAGGAUUAUAAUAAGAACAUAAAGCACCUCAGUCAGGAGAAGCUCUAUCAGGAGUUCCCAGACAAAGUUCGACGGCAGAAUUUCCAGCAUCCACCUUUCCGAUGUCCGGACAUGAGCCCUUCUCCUACUGUACCCACGUCAGUGGAAAAGGUAAAAGCAGCUGACAUUAAAGUCAUCGCCGCUUUGGGAGACUCUCUGACUACAGCCAUCGGUGCCAAUGCAUCUACAGUCCUGGGAGUGCCAAUCGAGUAUCGACAUUUGUCAUUUAGUAUUGGGGGCCAUGGAACAUAUCGUGAUGUUAUCACUCUCGCAAACAUCGUGAAACUUUUUAACCCGGAUGUCAUAUUCCCGGCACCCAUAAAGACCCUGAACGAUCAUCCUUCCAGUCUUAAUAAGACCGGCUUUAAUUUAGCCGUCACUGGUCACAACACAGUGAAUUUCUCUGAACAGGCCAGGAACAUGAUCGACACCUUCAAAACCUAUCCAGGGUUAAACUUCGCCGAGGAUUGGAAGCUGGUGACUAUUUUAAUUGGGAUGAAUGACAUCUGUGAUUAUUGCAAGGACAAAAAAUUGUUUACACCCGAUAACUUCAUCAAGUACCUUACGGCCUCUCUAGAUCUGAUGAAGAAUGAGGUUCCUCGACUGAUCGUGAAUAUGGUCCAGAUUUUUACUAUGAAACCUCUGAGAGACGUUCAGAAGCCCUCCUUUGGCUGCCUGCUCCAAAAGAGUUUCUGUUCAUGUUUGGUCAGGCCUGAAGAGAACUCACCUGAACUGGCAGAGCUGAAUGAAUUAAAUCUGGAGUUCCAGAGGAGACUGGAGGAGCUGCUGAACAGCGAUCGCUACUUCAAGGAGGAUUUCGCUGUGGUUCUGCAGCCCUAUGCAGCCUACGCCCAGCCACCCAGACUAGCUGAUGGAAAAAUUGAUUUUAGUUACUUCGCUCCAGACUGCUUCCAUUUCACCAUAAAGGGUCACGAAGAGCUAGCCAAAGGCCUCUGGAACAACAUGUUUCAAGCUCCAGAUAAGAAAGAUACAAUCGAGACCUUCUCACAAUCAGUAACACUCAUCUGUCCAUCAGAGGACCAUCCUUACAUCUACACCAGACCCAAAGUUCUGUCCUCUGCAAACCAUCUGCAAGUCAUCUGGACACUUUUAACACUUACAGGCCUCAUUACCAUCUACAACAACAUGCAAUAAGUGCAUUCCUUAUGCUUCAGUCCUGUUCUUACCACACCCUUGUCACCUAUUCCACCAUUCCUUCUCCACUAUUCUUAAUGAGCUUGUAUUAUUCAUAGAUUGUAAAUAUGUUAUAAAACCCUAUGGAAUAUUUAAAUCACACAAGUGUCCACUUGAGGCAUGAGGAGAGGAGUUUACCUCAGUUUGCUGAGCUAAUCACUAUCACCUUCAUGAUAUUGGGUUAAAAAGGACUCUCCUUGACUUUAGCAGACUUUUCAUUGGGAAUAUAUUAAGUACAUUUACUAAGAACUAAUCACUACCAUAAAGACUUCUUAUCCAGCUAUUUAACUAAACUAAAGUUACUUUAGUUAGAGAUGGAGUAAGUGAUUAUGUUAAAAUAAAUUGCUAUAACAAUUUCUCCAACCAUUUAAAAUGAAUUUGCGUCUAAAAAAAACAUUUAAAACCCUGGAUUUCUGAAUGCCUCCGUAAAUCUGGUUGAGUUUGCACGUGUGAACAUGUAUAAAAGCGUAAGCAGUUUGCCUUUUUUAAAAGGAAAUGACAUCAGAUUGCAUAUUCGUUGCUUUUAAAGUGUAAAAUGAAGUUAAAUGAAAUCCUUGUAAACUUAUAAUAUAUCAUAAAGUAAUUCAAUACUUUUCAUAGCACUGCACUGCUAUAAGGCAAAGUUACCUAAGGAAAUAAUGCAACAAAUGAAUCUUUUAAAUAGAAAUGGGAAAGAGAAAACCUUGCAUUGACAAGGGGUGAGAUAAACAAUAAUACUGAGCCAUACCCUGUAUUUAUACUCAGUAUAAUGUUCAUUCAUUUCUCAUUACUAAUGCUAGGUUUUUACUUAGUAUUUACAAUAUGAAUCUGUAAAUUAGUCAUUGAAUAAGCAGAUUGUAUUUACAUGUGUGUAACACAUCAGCAAUGACAUGUAUAUAUUGCCUGUGUGUAUAUUAUUUUGAACUUAAUAAUGUCAAUACUGAAAUGAAUGCACAAUGAUUUUUAAAUGCACAAGGCCACAAAUAUACAGUUAUUAUACACAAGUACAGUGUAUGAAUAUAGGGAUGUAUUCAGGGUUGGCAUGUCAUGACAUGAGUAUAAAAUGGCUUCAGUAUUUACAGUGUGGACAUUACUGGUGUUUAGAUAUUACAAUAGCAUCUAGACCACAAGCAGGAAGGGAUAGAAAAUACGGACCAGAAAAGGAAACGUAAUACAAUUUAACACUAGAAACUGUGUAAGUAUGAAAAAUAAAAAGACUAAUACCGAGAAAUGGCAACACAGUGGUGCAGUGUAUAGUGCUGCCACAUCACAGGGUUUCCUAGAUUCUCUUUGUAAUCAUGUGGGUUUCCUUCAGGUUCUCAGCUUGCAGGUAGAUAGAUAGAUAGAUAGAUAGAUAGAUAGAUAGAUAGAUAGAUAGAUAGAUAGAUAGAUAGAUAGAUAGAUAGAUAGAUAGAUAGAUAGAUAGAUAGAUAGAUAGAUAGAUAGAUAGAUAGAUAGAUAGAUAGAUAGAUAGAUACUUUAUUGAUCCCGAAGGAAGUUCCAGAUCUCCAGCAGCAAUAGAGACAGCAACACAAAGACAGGGUGUAGAUUGCACACUGUAUAUCUUACAUAUAGUCAGUAUACACAGGGUAAUGUGAUAACUGACCAGGUACCCUCAGGUGUGAAUGGGUGCUUAAAUGCUGCCCUGUGAAGUUAUACUGCAUUACAUUAUAUCUGAUAUCCAGUGAAUUUAUUGGAAAUGAAUUACACGUGUGUGUUGGUUACCUCUGAUUUACUCAUUUCACAAAUGUCCUACUUUAAUAAGGACUGCAGUGAAUUCAGUAAAGUUAACAAAAAUGAAUAAUCAUCAUUUUACCUUCAUUGUAAAGCUAAAAGAAAAAAUGAAAACGGGUAUACAGGGAUGAGUGUUCGCCUGAUGACUUGAUAAAUCCAGAUAUGUGUGUGUGCUAAAUGCUGUAUAGUUUGUAACACAAUUUAUUCUUUAUGUUGCUUGCAAUUAUAACGUUUACCAUGAGAGGACAGUAUUGCAUAUGAAUUGCAUCCAACUUUUAAACCUCCAAUUACACUCAUAAAAAUAAAAUGAGUCAUAUAAUUACCGAGAUAUAAUUGCUAUACAGUUGUAAAAAAGCAAACAAAUAUUUGAGACUACAAUAGAGUACAGUCUAAGGAACUGGUUACUCUAUGACCAACUGUUUUACUGUUAAACCAAAUACAUUGUAGCUGCAAAGAGCAUCUGGAUUUAAGCUAGGGUUUCAGUAUUAAAAACUGCACACUACUGCAAUAAACUGAACACGAAAACAUAUAUAAAUUUACUUUGACACCUUAAUGACGUUACUGAGGGCAAUGUGGGUCAAAAAUGAAGCUAAGCUCUGCUUAAGAGCUUGCUAAUUAACAAAUGUUAAGUAUUUGCUAUCUCUAGCUAUUACGCUUAGCUGAAGACAAAAGACAAUGAGUGCUGAAAUUGCUUUAAAGUCGUGUGCCACAAAGCAGCUUAAAGAAAAAUAUCAUUUCAGGAUAUAGAUAUAAAUAAUCUGAAAUAUAUUAAUGCAUUCCUAAUGAGCAGGCGGUGAGGAAGGACUCCAUGAGAUGAUGUGAGGAAGAAACCAUGCGUGGGACAUCAUCCUCAUCCGGGUGACAGAGUGUGUUUAUAAACACAAUACCUGUGUACUAUAUGGUCACAAAGUGCAGUUGUGUAACCUGGAAACUCAUUCAUGCUGUCUAUUUUUGUUGAAGUUAUCAUUUGUUCAUUGAUGGAGACUCGAGUGCAAAAGUGUUUGUAGCAAUUGCAGUCUGAAGCAUCUUCAUGGUUUCUAAGUGGUCUCAUCACAGUAAGCUCAUCUAUCUUUAGCCUGUCCAUAUGGAGCCAUCCUCAGCAGCAGAAAGUGGUUUCGAAGUGAUGAAACCAUAACUAGGGCAUCAGGUACAGAGAGCAGAAGGGGUUGGGCUCACUGGUAAGAGAGAGAGAGAGAGAGAGAGAGCAACAGUCAUUAUUACGGAUGCUUAUUGUUUGCUACAUGUAUUGAAGAAACUUGUACUUUAAAGAUCUAGUACAUAAGUCGAUGGUUUGAUGAGGAAAUUAGUUUGGCCUCCUGAAAGGAAGUAAAGCAUUCUAAUCGCCAAGCUGAUAUAGGUAUAUUGUUAUCCACAGGGUAAUUUAUCAAAUUGCCUCGCUUUACAUUCAUUUAUUGAUUUUUUUUUUUUUUUGCCUGAUAUUUUCAGUUUUGCCGUUGAAAAAAUUCAUGAAGUCAGUGCUACAACACAAUUAUGUGCAUCUUUCUAAUAAAUUUACUAUAGUAUC